AUGAGUAAUCUUCAAACAGUCGUUUGUGUCAAAAAAGUGAAGCAAGAAGCCAUGGAGGAUUGGGAUGAGACAAUGCCGUUACCUGGAGAUGUAAUCGAAGGGGUUGCAGAAGGUGAUAACGACGAGCUGUUCAUAUCGGCCAAGGCCAAGGCUGAUCUUAGUUCGCAUCUGGGCAAGAUCAACCAGCAGUUUGAGGUUGUCUGGUUGAAGGUGAAGCGUGGAGAUGCCACGCUUAAGCUUCGAGCACGCAUCAUCCAAGAGAAGGCAUCAAUUUUGCAAAGAAAAUUUACCAUUCGAGCGGCAACUGAUGAUCGCCAUGUCGCGAUACUCGGCGAUCUCACCUUGGACCAGUGCUCUGAACUGCAGGAAAUGAGUAGAAGAAUAUCAAACCUGGAUGGCAAAGAAUUUAACAGAAGAGGUGUGAAAUAUGAAUGGAGCAAGAAACUCGACCUACAUCUUCCUGACCAUCGUUCUUCAGUCAUAAGCUCCAUCCUGUUUAUGCCAUUGAAAGGUGAGCACUCCAUGGAGGCCACGACUAGCCGGUGUAUGGCCUGGUUUUGUGCUGCAGUUUCUUCAGGAGCACCUCUGGUGUUUGUCAAUAUUCAAACAGAACAGAUAGUUAAUGUAACUCAGAAGAGAAAUAGGAACACAGGAAAAGAAUCAUGGUGGAGCAAGCAACAAAACAACACUCCAAACCUGCGAGUUGUGCAUGGAAUAAGGCUAUGGUUUCUGCCUGGAGUAUCAGAAGUUGCACUUGAAAUGAUUCCUGAACCGGGGGAAGUUCGUUUCGGAAUGGAUAUCCAAAGAACCGAAGAGGGUUUCAUCUGUGUCAGUUCGGUGACAAAAGGUUCUGCGGCUGACCGUUGUGGACUUGGCAGGCUCUUGGAAGAGGCAAAGGCAACCAACUAUCUCCUGUUGAUUUCCCGAUUAGAAGGAAAGAGCGUAAUCCCAUCAAACGUAAGCUCUACUGGGCUAAUUCACUGCUGCGACCAAGCCGAGAUAAGAAGCACUCUUGUUUCUGCCAUGGAUAGAAUGGAUAAUGUUAGACUCCAUAUCAUGGCUUUGCCCGAUGGUUCUGAUGCUCAAGCAAAUGAAACCUCUAAGCUUCAAACAACCCGAAAAUUUCUCCCUUAA